AAAGCGGUUGCAUUCAAAUCCUUUGACCGUUAAAUGUUGUCUGACGUCACGCUCUCUACAAAUUAAGUGGGAUGAAUUUAGUUGUACAUUUCGUCCCCAUUUACAAUGAGCAGUGUCAUCAAAGAUCGGGAAAAUAAAACCUGUGAGUCAAGCCAACAUGAGGACAACAUUUCCACCGAGGAAAGCCUUUCUCCGAGAGCGCAGAUUAUUCGGUCAAAACUCAUCAACAUGGCAGAUCUCUGCGAUCUUCUGCCAGAGCGCGAGGAGCACAAAGACAGACCACAACACAGCGUCAAGGAUGUGACUGAUCUGGAGCGAUACACCAGUCUGGAGAAUGAAUAUAAUCACUUGGUGAGGUUUGAAAUCAGUCACCACAGAAAAGACAACAUUACCCUGGAGCAACGCAGACUGAACCGUGUGCUAAACCGCCAUUCCAGAUACCCUCCUCUGAAUAUGUUUGCAAACUGGAUCUUAGAGAGUAGUCCGUUUAAAGCUCUUAUGCUUUUCCUUGUCAUUUUGAAUGUUUCUUUACUAUCAGUAGAAGCAGAGUUUCAUGACUAUAAGGAUCCAAGCAUAGACGUCCUUUUGGUGGUUCUACAACUACUGAACUUGUCUAUACUACAAGUUUACGUUUUAGAAAUCAUCCUGAAGUGGCUGGACGAUUUCUGGCUGUUCUGGAAAAGUCCAUGGAACGUCUUUGAUUUUGCUGUGACUCUGAUGCCUGUUCUUCCAGCGAUUGUCCCCGAGACCUUCAGAGGUGCAUUAAUAUCGCAAAAAUUUUUGAAACUUCUCGUCCAGUUUCGCGUCCUCCGAUGUUUAAAGAUUGUUUCCAGAUUCCAGGAUAUUCGUCUUAUGUUGCAGAUAAUCUACCAUGCAUGCGGGACCGUGAAACUGAUAUUUCCAGUGUUGUUAAUGAGCUUUUUAGUUUUUGCUGUGUUCGGAGUAGUUCUGUUUGAAAAAUACACCAACUCCAACAUUGAAGGUCUGCUCUACAAGAAUGAUUUCAAAGGUUUAUCCAGUGCAUUCAUCACACUCUUCAGUAUUUUUACCUUGGAGCACUGGCUUGAUUUACUAAAAGACAUUCAGAGAGUUCCGGAGCUAAACCAUCAACUCUGUGGAUUGUUCAUUAUGGUGUGGUUUGUUUUUGGAGCCUUGAUGACCUGUGUUUUUAUGACCGUUAUAAUUGAUGACUUUCAGGAAAUUCGUAACAAUCUCUCCAAAGAGGUGCAGCAAUUAAAAAUCCUGCGCAGAGCAGAGAUGUUCAAAGCAAGUCAUAUGGGGGCGAUAAGCCAAACAAACCAACUGAAGGACCACAAACCUGUCAAAAAUAAGGAAGAGCAAACAAGUCCAAAUGUUAAUUUGGAUAGCCAUACCUCGAGAAAUGAGCUGGAGUGGGACAUGGGUCUGGAAGCGUUUAUUCAAGCGGCUGAGUUUCAGGAUGACUGUGAGACAGAGUGCUGGCGUGAAGACAAUCUCCACAGGUACUUUGAGCAGAUGGAAAAGCUCCAGCGCAACCUGGAGGAGAUGGACCGGCUCCAGGAUAUAUUAGUUCAGGGUUUCCUUAACCUGCAUGAAUGCUAAGAAAAGUAAGAAGAAUGCAUCAGCAAACUCUCUCUAUGACUUCUGUUCUCCGUCACAAACACUGGAUGGGGGACUUAGAUGUGUGUUUUUUUUUUUGUUUUUUUUUUUCAAACCGUUUACACUUAUUUCUAAUAAAAUGUAUGUAGUUUAAAUACUUUCUAAAAUGACAUCAGUAGACAUUAAUAACAUUUGUUUUGGUAAGAUAAUAAACCUUUUCAUCUUUAUGAUUUAUUGUAAUGAUACCAGCUUGUUGGCAAUUGACUGUUUUAAUUAAUUCUAUUAAAUCAAUCUGUCUGGCUGACUACAUUUUUAAUAUACAUUUUCUAACAUAAUGUGAUGUGCAAGCCUUGUUACUUCAUCUCAGAUUCUACCCAAUUAGCAAAAGUGACUUUGAGCAUUGAACUAUCAAAAGCCAACUUGGCAUUAGCGCCGAAAGUUUAGUGGGCAGUACCCCGAUAUAUAAUGCAGACUUUAUUUUACAUGGACU